AUGGACCACCAAAGCAACUCACUCCCCACCGGCGCGGCCAACACCAACACCAACACCACCAUCGCCAACCACCCCAAUGGCGCGAACUGGGCUCAGCAAAACGCCCAGCCCCAGCCCCUCCCCCCAGUCGCCCUAGCAGCCUACGACCGCUACGGCGUCCUCGACCCGGUCAAGGUCGACCUCAUGGUCCGCGGCAUCUUCAUCACCCGCGAGUACGCAGCGGCCCUGCCGCACCGCAUCACGCCCGACGGCCGCCCCGAGCCCAGCGGCCUGUACGGGACCCACCACUCGCGCGCGCCCCGCGCCGCCGGCUCUUCUCCUCUCCCGCCGCCCGGCCGCCGCCGCCCCGCCGCUCGCCCCGCUGCUGGCGUUGGGAGGGCGCAGGCGGUGCGGGAUGAGGAGGCGUCUGGGGCGGUGGUGGGGUCUGCUGGGGUAGGUCGUCGCCGUAGUGUGAGUGCGGGUGUUGGCGGUGUUGACGGUGGUGAGGGGCCUAGCGAUCAUGAGAAGUGGGCUGAGGAUGAGGUCGAGUACAUUGUUCGCAUGAGGGCUCAGAGGGUUGGGUUUCGGCAGAUUGCUGCACGUUUCCCCAACAAGAACCAAAAGGCAGUCCAGGAGAAGUUCUACAAGUCCCUCAAGGACCCCAGGACCCCCCACUGGAACCAGCUGUACCAGCAGCUGCGGGCCAGCCACGACCGUGCCGAAGCCCAAGCCCAAGCCGAAGCCGAAGCCCUGGCCAACGCGGCCAACAACGACAACAGCGGGUCCGGGGUGGGCACCCACUCGGACCCCAUCGAGGUCGACUCGGAUGAGGAUGAGGGCGGUGGCACGGCCGGCCAGCCCAUUGAGAUCUCGAGCGGCUCUUCCAGCGGUGAUGCUAAGGAUGCGAGGACCCCUCUGGUGUAG